GUCCAUGCUCCUCCACUCAGCAAAAACCGUAACUAAUUAAUACAAAAAAAAAACAAAGAAAAAAAAGAUAUACAUCAUCGAAGAUGAUCGGCCCCAACGAGAGCAGCAAUGCGGACCGUCUGGACUACCUGUACCUUAACCUGGUGGGCCAGAUGGUGCAGAUCCACCUUAUCGAUGGCGCCCUGUGCGAAGGCCUCUUCGUGUCUCGCACGGAUGCCGACGGGGCGGCGGAUGAAGCGGGCGUUUUCAUAUCCUAUCCUCGUUUCCUUGCCUCAAAGCAGCACGAUGCCCUGGAGGCGUCGGAGCUGUCCGAUGAGACGCGGUUGUUCCGCUACGAGGACAUCAUGAUGAUGGAGGCGAAGGCCAUGAAGCUGCGCACGGAGACGCCGGGCUCCGGCCACGUCUACACCUAUCGUGGGGAUCACGAUCUGAAGACGCUCGACUGGGCCGCGGAGGGCGCGGAUGAUUUGCUUGACACCGACUCGCACGUCACCGGCCAGUGGGACCAGUUUGCGGCCAACGCGAAGUUCGGUGUGCGCACCUCCUACAACGAGGACCUCUACACGACGAAGUUGGAUGAGUCGAAGCUGAGCAAGGAGCAGAUUGCCUACGCCGAGCGGACGGCGAAGGAGAUUGAGAACUCCGGCACCCGCAACCUCCAGCACCGGCUCGAGCGCUCCGACGUGGCGAAUGAAUACGUCGACGAAGGCGCGCUGUUUUCUGACGUCACGCGGGACGCACGCGGCAGCAAACGGACGGCGCAGGCGACGCGCAAAGAGGCCGCCGCUGCCGCCAGUGCUGUCGCGAAUUCCAGCGCGGCCGCCGCGGCGCAGCCGAGCCCGACCCCGCCUGCCAAUGUCCGCAGCGCCGCCGCCCGACACGUCUCCCCGCCGGUGGAGGAGCCGGUGGCCCCUCCCCCACCACCGCCGGAGGCAAACCAGCAGAACAAGACGACCUACAGUCCGAACCCGUCCGCGACGCCCUUCGUGCCGCUGCUAAAGAGUUUCCUCGCCAACGUGGCCGCCGUCGUGUCCAGCAACAGCGACUGCUUCCGGUGCCCGACGGACUGGCCGGGCGAUGUGGACUUCUAUGACCGCGACGUCUCGCACUAUUCUCGCCAGCAGCAACCCCCGCCGCAGCAGCAGAAUAUGCAUCACAAGUACCACCAGCAGCCGAUGAACCCGAUGCCGAACCGCGGCCCCAUCAACCACCACCAGCAGCACCACGUGAUGCCAAACCCGAUGACGUACAACAACUCCCCUGGCCCGAUGGGGGGGCCGCACGUCCAGCCGCAGCACAUGCAGUACAUGGAUCCCGGAAACAACGGCAUGAUGCCUCCGCACGGGCCGGGGCCGAUGUCUGGGCCGUCCUCCAACCGCAUGCAACCGCAGCGCACAGCGAAGACGUCGCAGCCGCAGCAGCCGGUGCAGACGGCGUCGCAGCCGCUGCCUCCCCCUCCACCACAGCAACAGCAGCAGCAGCAGCAGCAGCCACCUCCACCGCAGCAACAGCAGCAGGCGGUUCCUGCCAUCGACAGCACCUCCCCGCAACCGGAGCGCGCGACGACCGGGGCGAAGAAGCUGCGGCGCGGCGGCAUGGCCUCUGCGGCUCGGCAAGAGAGUGGAGACAGCGCCCCUGUGGGCAAGAAGGGGGCUAAGUAG